CAAAUGACAACGUCAAUUCUGACAAAUUACAAAAAACAUACCUAACCUCUAUCUCUCAAAUCUCAAACUUUAGUGCGCUUCCUUCACAUUUCCACGUUUUUAUUGUAGUUUGUGAAAAUUUUGAAACUUUACUAUCAAAACUUUGUCUUUAACACGUAUGUGACACGACAGAGUAUUUUUGAUGAUACCAUGAAAUCGAAAUCAUUUGAAUUACCUAAAAAUACACCUGAGAAGGCGUUACAAAAUAAAACAUAUGAUUUUAUUAAGUUUUAUUCACCUGAAUCUGAAACGAAUGCCAAAUUAGCUGAAAAGCACAAGUCGGAAGACGGUGUCAGCAACGAAAACUCACCCAAGACAAAAUUACACUUCUCCAAGCGAGAGCGCUCUCCAAAUAAAAAAAAAAAAUUCAAAAAUGCCAGUAUGAAUAUUUCCAGUUUAAAUGUGGAUGGUAACCAACCGCAAGCUUCCGGAAGUGAAAAUAAUUUUAAAGCUACUUCCACACCUAAUAGUAAAGGCAAAAAAGAUAUUAACGAAAAUGUUAAGUCUAUAAUGAAAAAUUCAUCUGUCGCAGAUAGUUCUCUAGAUAUAUCUACAGUGACUGUAACAAAAAACAAGUCAAAAAAGAGGAAUAAGUCAGUAAGUUUUAUGUUAGACGACACUGAAGUAGUUGCCAAUAAGAGAUCCAAGUCCGAUCUAUCCAUAAUGGUUAGUAAGUUACUACAAAGUAGUAAAACAAAAUUCAAUUCUAAUAAGCAGAAAAAAAACAAAAGGAAAUCACAAGACGAAAAAGAAAAUAAAGCAGAUGUAACUAAUUUUAAAGUUGAAACUAUUACAUCAGAUACUGUUCAAAAAGAUUCAUUAAAGAAUAAAACUAAGUCAGAUAAUGAACAAUCGGAUAACGCAAUGGAUGUCCCUGAUACGAAACAGGAGAACCAAAAGAAAAUAGAGAAAAAGAAGAAUAAAAGACAGAAGAAACCAAAGAAGGUUGAAAAUGCUUCAUCUACCACUGAUGGUAGCAAAGAAACUGAAAGUGAAAAAGAAACAGUUGAAGACAAAGAUAAAAAAAUUAAGAAGAAAAAACGACAUGUCAAACAAGUGAAAGAGAGCACAGAUCCAGAAGGUCAACCAGCUUCCAAAGCUUCAAAAAAAGAAAUAAAACCUGAUGUGGUUGCUCAGGAUCUAGAAAACUUAAGUAUUGGCGACAAUGCUCAUACAUUGACAAACUUACUAGACGAAAUGUCAGUGGUAGAUAAAAAAAAGAAGAAGCACAAACCAAAAAAGAAUAAACAAAAAGCUACAAGAGAUGCAUCACCUGAUGCAAGUGACAAUAAUGCCACACAAGAAAAAGAAAAAGUAAAAUGGAUGAAAAGAAAGUGGAACAAAGACAGGAAAGGUGCGAUGAAUGAUGACAAGCUUGCCACAUCAGUUGUAGUUGAAAACCUGCCAUUGAAAAUAAUGUGCAACUAUAGGAAGCUGCUUACAGAUCAUUUUGCUCAAUUUGGAGUUGUUAAACAAAUUGGAAUCGCUGAAGUGUACUCCAUUGAACAACCUGAAGUCUUUACAACAACUAUUAGUUUUGAUUCCGAGGACUCGGUGAAUAAGGCGUUAGAUGAAGAUAACUCGCAAUUUGAAGGGAAUCGUAUACGCAUUAAGCGACCACUGCCCCCCACUCAGACUACACUGGUGGUGAGAUCUUAUGCGGAUUUGUCUGAACCAGCUAUCAGCUCGGUGUUCACCAGUGCUGGUAAAAUAAGAAAUGUACGACGAUUGGUUAAAGGAAAAAAAUCUAUGGGUACAGCUUUUAUAGAAUUUGAUGGACCAGAAGCAGUGGAACGGGCUAUUAAAAUUGCAGAAGACGUUAAAAUUGGCGGGAAAAAGAUUUUCGUAGCAAAAUAUGAAAUACGCAACAAAAAUAAAAAGUUAAAAACAGAUAAGAAACAUGAAAAUGACGCUGGCAGUGAUAAUGAUUCUAGUGAUUGAUUUGUGUGUCUGAAAAUGAUUUUAUCUCAUUUCUUAGAAAUACCUACUUCUUUUUGUAAUUAAAUAAUUUUUAAUAUAAUUACAUAAUGUUAUAUUUAAUUUUAAAACACUUUUUAAUUGUUUCAUAUAAGACGUGUAAAACUACAUCACGUAGGUACAAAUGAAAUGUUUUUUCAAAAAUA